AUGGGAGGAGUUACAAUCGCACAUCAGCCCAACAAUGAAGUCGUAACUGACGACAGCUACUCUCCUAACUUUCCCGUCGAUGUCAAGAUCGACGCCAAUAACGAAUCUCUGAACGAUGAACAAUUCAAUCAGUUAUUCGCUACAUCUGCUGAAUGGUCAAAUAGCCUUCCUGUGGAGGAUCUGACUGGCGAGGUUCAAGAACUCAUGAUGAGAGAAUCCAUAAACUCAUGGUUGCAACCUUGGGGUGGGGAAAAUGCUGCUUGCCUCUCAGAUUUCGAUACACAAAUGUAUGCUCAGUCUAUCCAACUCGAGAAUCUUUUCGGCCAAAAUCAAAUCGACUUUACCCAGGACAUGAAUCAAACCGCAUUUUACGAUGAAUUAGCUUUUGUACCCGACGAUCAAUCGCUCAAUCUCAGCGCUUCCACCUCAUCAGCUUCAUCUCCAUCUGAUAGCUCUACUCAAAUCAGUCCUAUUGUUCAGUCUGUUCCUGAUGUUCAUAUUGAGCAACUUGAACAACAAGAUAUCAUUGUUGAGAAAUUGCAAGUAUUGGAGAAAGAUGAUGUCCAAGUCAACGUUGAAGAUGAAGAGAAUGACAGCAAUGAGCUUGUAACUGAGGAGGAGGAGGAGGAGGAAGAGCAAGUCAUCUCGAGCAACAACAUGCUGAAACGCAGAAGAAGUUCAUCCAGCAGUAGCGAUAGCUCUGACGAUUCAAGUUCUGGCUCUUCAUCCGAAGAAGAAUCUGAUUCCGAAGACGAAAAUGUGAUUCCAACUACAGUUGCCAACAUGAGUAGUCGUGGUCGUUAUGCCUCAUCCUCUGAUUCUGAAUCCGAAUCUGAAGCCACACCUGGCCGUCGUUCUCGUGCUGUCUCUCCCAUUGCCAAUGCCUAUGUCUACAUGCACAAACGCCAAAUCGAAGAAACUUUACUGGAUCGUAUUACCAAUAGCCUUGAUCCCGAGAAGUUGCCUGGCAUUCUGCCCAUCUUGUCACCCGAGUCAAAUCAGCAAGAAGAUGAGGUGGAAAUUGAUCUGUCUUGUUUAGCUCGUGAGCAGUUGGUCCAAGUGUUAUCCUAUGUCGAUGCUUGUAUCAUGGAACAAAAUGGUGGACCUGCUGUGAAUGUAGAACGUUAUAUUAACAAGAAACCCAAAGGCCCUCGCACUCGACCUGCCCUUGUAGAUAAAAAGGUUCAGCGUAGACGCAAGCCCAGCAAGCCCAAGACAAAAUCUCGUGCAGAGUUGACUGAGGAUAUUGAUGCUGGUUCAUCAUCUGACGACGAAGACGACCAAGAGCACAUGAAUUAUGCCAUAUCAAAACCCAAACAAAUUCCUGAAGGCCCCAUUUCUAUGGCUUCUUUAUCGAAAAAGAACAACACAGUCAAGAACAACCGUAGAAAGCCAGUGGCCAAAAAGAGCAAAAAUCGUCGCCAUGACGAUGAUGCGCUUGUUUCCUCGUCUAUUCAUGUCAUCCAAGAUCCCGACAGCAUUGCAAUCUCAAGACCCAAGAGAAGAGCAGCUGUUCACAAGCGCCGUUUAUUGGAGGAGAUGCUUGCACCCUCAGAUGAUGAAGAUAACGAAGUUGAAGAAGACAGUAGUCCAUUAGUAGUGUUUGGUGAGGAAAAGAUGGAUCUUGGUGUGAUAGAUAAUUGUACAAUUAUGCAUCAAGUACCAGUGAUAGAAGCCGAACAAAUUGUAACAUUAUCGUCCGUCGUUGAAGAUGACAACGAAGAUACCGAUGAAGAAAUUGACAUUAUGUGUUAA